UGUGCGCGAGGCGGCGGCGCGUGGCAGCGGCGCGGGGCGAGCGGCGGCCCCGGCCCGGCCCCGCCAUGACCGACUUCAAGCUGGGCAUCGUCCGGCUCGGCCGGGUGGCCGGCAAGACCAAGUACACGCUGAUCGACGAGCAGGACAUCCCGCUGGUGGAGAGCUACUCCUUCGAGGCUCGGAUGGAGGUGGAUGCUGAUGGAAACGGUGCUAAAAUCUUCGCUUACGCCUUCGACAAGAACCGGGGCCGGGGCUCAGGCCGCCUCCUGCACGAGCUGCUCUGGGAGAGGCACCGAGGAGGGAUUGCUCCUGGCUUUCAGGUGGUGCAUCUGAACUCGGUGACCGUGGACAACCGCCUGGACAAUCUGCGCCUCGUCCCCUGGGGCUGGAAGCCCAAGGCUGAAGACAUCUCUAGCAAACAAAGGGAACAAAGUCUGUACUGGCUGGCAAUCCAACAGCUUCCUACAGACCCCAUAGAAGAGCAGUUUCCUGUCCUGAAUGUAACCAGAUAUUACAAUGCUAAUGGGGAUGUUGUGGAGGAGGAAGAGAACUCCUGCACUUACUAUGAAUGUCACUACCCUCCCUGCACAAUGAUUGAAAAACAGUUACGUGAAUUCAACAUCUGUGGCCGCUGCCAGGUGGCGCGGUACUGCGGCUCGCAGUGCCAGCAGAAGGACUGGCCUGCCCACAAGAAACACUGUCGGGAGAAGAAAAGGACCUUCCAGCAGGAGCUCGGGCCAGAGCGGUGACCGGGUGGCAGAGGCCUCUCAGCAGCAGGAUUCCUUCCCAAAGGCAUUGGACUCUUGCUUUUGCACAGUAUGACAGACUGCUUAUCAAAGCCAGAGGCACUGAAGAAAAACCCUGUGAUGCUUGAGCAGAAUGGCUGACUGGACUAAGCCAGCUCUGACUGGUGCUGUGGAAAGGGAUUGGGUCUGCCCUUCCAGUAUUAUAUUCUCAAGCAAAAAGACUACUGUGGAGCUCCAGGCAGGAAGCUUCUCAUUAUUUAUAUGUUAAUACGUUUGUAAACUCAUGUACAGUUUUUGUUAGGAAUUCUUGAUAGCACUCAUUAACUGUAAUGUUCAGAUGAGAACAUGUUGUUGGCCUAAAAGUUAAAAAAAAAAAAAAGAAAAAAAGUCAUGUAGCAAAAGCUUUUCCUCCCAUGUGGCAGAAGUGUCUGUGGCAGUGCCAAGGCCAUGGGGCAGGCUCUGGCAUCAGCACUUCAUCUGGAGAACUCUGCAUGGAAGCUCUAUUUAAAAAAAAUGCAAACAAAAAAAGAGCAAACAAAGUAAAGGUUGGAAUGAA